AUGCCUCUCCACCAACGUCCGCAAUUCACGGCCGCAUUCGGCACGGCCGCCGGGAUCUCCCAGUACAUUUUCCUUACGCUUGACAGCGUCUUUGUCGAAAAGGCUGCUUGGUGUAUGAUACGCCUCUUCUUUACGCUGGGAUGUGGCCCGAGAUUGACAGCCGGCAGGAUGGUGUUUCUGAAUCAAUCGUCCCAUGGGAGGUGUGACAUUCACUGUUGUGCCUUCCUUGCUGAAGCUUCUACCCCAUGCAAAGAAACACGCGGUUUCUUUCAGAUCCUCGACUUGGUCGGUACAUUGCCUCUUAUCCCAUGGAUCAUUAGGGCGGAACUGGGUACUCAUGGGAUUUCGAUGGCUUGCCCAUUCUGGCUGAUGUUCUUAUUGUUUUCGAUGCUUUUCAUCAAACUCUAUUACAUCCCCAUCUGGUUCCAGGCUGUUGACAAUCACUCUGCUAACCAAAGCGGCAUUGAUCUCCUUGCAUCUUCAAAAUCAUUGGCCGUGGCAACUACCAGUUCAGGGUUUCUGUCAAGCUACAUUGGGUAUUAUGAUACGCAACUCAUCGCGUCAUCGGUCAUUUCUUCUCUAGGCGCGGGCUGA